AAAAGAUCUAGUGACUUACUAACUGGGAAUACAGGCAAAGUUUACCAACAAUUUCACAACAAUCCACGAUAAGACAAGGAAAAUAAAAGUAGCACUGAUAACUCUACACGAAGUGGGCCUGACCACUGCCAACAUGCGAAGUGCUGAUCAACGAAUAGUUCAAUCAAUCGCGAACCGGCAGCGGAAAAGCAACACAGAAGUUGCAGUUCAACUUAGACAGGACUAAAUAUAUUCCAAAUUAUUUUACAGCAAUGACAGCUAAUAACAGCUAUGUGAGACCAGCAGAUUUCAUUGAUCCUGGCCAGCCAUCGCGAUGCACCUGGCAUCUGGGCACCAAGGAGGAGACGCCUCACACGCAACGUGGCAUCGCGCAUCCUCAGAAGAUUACGCCAGACAUCCUGCAGACCAUUGGCUGCACUCCACUCGUCAGACUCAACAACAUACCCACCAAGGAGGGCAUUCAGUGUGAGAUGUUUGCCAAGUGUGAGUUCAUGAAUCCGGGUGGCUCAGUGAAGGAUCGCAUUGCCUAUCGCAUGAUACAGGAUGCGGAGGACAAAGGACUGCUGAAGCCAGGCUACACCAUCAUUGAGCCCACGUCGGGCAACACGGGCAUUGGCCUGGCCAUGGCCUGUGCCGUCAAGGGCUACAAGUGCAUCAUAGUCAUGCCCGAAAGGAUGUCCAAUGAGCGAGUCUACAUACUACAUGCUCUGGGCGCGCAAGUUGUACGCACUCCCAACGAGGCGCCCUACGAUUCGGCGGAGGGUCUUCAUUACGUGGCCCAACGGCUGCAGCGUGAAACACCCAACUCGAUUGUUCUAGAUCAGUUUCGUAACGCUGGCAAUCCGCUGGCACAUUAUGACGGCACAGCUGCCGAAAUACUCUGGCAGUUGGACAAUAAGGUGGACAUGGUGGUGCUUUGUACUGGCACAGUGGGCACCAUCACUGGCAUUGGCCGCAAAAUCAAGGAGCAGGCUCCCAAUUGUCGUGUAAUUGGCGUCGAUCCUUAUGGCUCCGUGCUGGCUCGCCCCAUGGAGAUCAACAAGACUGAUGUGCUGUCCUACGAGGUGGAGGGAAUUGGCUACAAGUUUCCACCAACAGUCUAUGAUGGCACGGUUAUCGAUGAAUGGGUCAAAGUCUAUGAUCUUGACAUUUUUCCUUUGAGUCGUCGCCUCAUUGCUGAGGAGGGUUUGCUCUGCGGUGGUUCCAGUGGUGGCGCUAUGUUUGCAGCCUUGAAGUGUGCACGCUCCUUGAAGGCUGGCCAGCGUUGUGUGGUGAUCCUUGCAGAUGGAGUUCGAAACUACAUGUCCCGGUUUGUAUCAGACAACUGGAUGGAGGCACGUGGCUUCAAGCAACUCGACAAUCCUCAUCGACACUGGUGGUGGGAUGUCCCCAUAUCAAAAUUAAAGCUGUCCAGUCCUGUUACCACGCUGCAGUCCAACACAACAAUGGGCCAGGCUAUUGAAAUAAUGCAACGGCAUGGCGUGGAUCAGCUGCCUAUGGUUGACCAACAAACUGGAGCUGUUUUGGGCGUGGUGGGUCAAGAGACGCUCCUCAAUCAGCUGGUCAGCAUGAAUCGGCAACUGGAUGAGCCUGCUUUGAAGGCGAUUAACAAACGUGUCGUUCGCCUGCCAGAGAGUGACAUAGUUGGCAAGCUGGCACGUGUACUGGAAGUGGAUCCCAGUGUGCUGGUUGUCGGGCAGAACGAGAAGAUCUUGGCAGUUGUUACCAAAGCAGACAUUAUUGCCUAUAUAUCCAAUGGCAACUCCGUUCCUUGAAAUUCUUGGUAGAGAAAUAAAUUACUAACUCAGCAGAGAAAUACUUAUUAAGAGACUUCAUUCGAGGGAGUGUCAUUAAUUGAGGAUAAUAGAAAGAAAUAAAGUAUGUGUGCCAUCUACAAAAUUCGUAUCACCGACCGAUAAGUUGCGCAACAAAAACUUUUCCUACUUUUCCUACAAUUACAGUUGUUAUCGGUCGUUGUGUGAAGACCCCAAGAUUAAGCUAAUCAGCAUAUUUAUAACAAUUUAAGAAGGAACAUCGCUCGUUGAUAUCAGUCUAAAUAUUGACUGUAAAUUCAAAACAGUUGUAAUAAUAAAGUAAAUGAUAAGAUAAUUGGUUUUCCAUUUGUGUCGGCCCAUAAUUGUCUGAGUUUGUUAUCUGAGUAUUGAUAUAAACUUGCUUGUUUAUUAUCCUCUUGACAAAUAUUGACCAAACUCAAAUGUGCUGCGAUAAUACGAUGAAAAUAUGGCAA